AUGGAGCAGAAAGGUCGAUUCACCAUCAUCGAUCUCGUGCCAACGUCGCCAGCAUCAGAGUUGCCAUCUGCCAUGAUGACCUUUGGGGACAAAGGCCAACCAUGUGGGCCAGCAGAACCCAAAGACGUGGCCAGAGCAGAGCCCAAGGUCCACUUCAGAGUGCAGGCCAAAGGCGAACAGAUAGAAGGCAGUACCCCAAGAGAUGCAGCGUUGAUCCAAGACUCGACCAGCCCCGCGCCAGUAGCUACGACAUCAACACCCGUCGGAUUCAAGGAGCCUUCUAUCCGAGCCUCUGGUGCGCCAGCCCGUGAUACCGCGUCUGAGGCGGCGAUGGAGAAGAUCAUGCACGAACUCGUGAUGGAGUCUUCGAAACACCGGUCGCUCCUUGUUGAGAUGUUGACGACCAACAGUGAACUUCUUCACGAGCUCAAGCAGCUUCAGAGUCAUGAAAACGGCGCGAAUUCCAUCGCCUCGGACCUUGCGGCUGAGGUCGCACGACUCACGGAUGCGGUCGCAAUGCUCACAAGGGAGAAUCAGCGACUGGAGCAGAAAAGCUCAGCACUUGAAACUCGGCUUCAGAACCAGGUGACUGUCAGCGAUGACUUGCGCUGCGAGCUGAAGACGCUGACAGCCUACACGGAGUCACUCGUGCAACAACUGAACACCGACGUAAGCUGCACGAAGACAACAACACCUUGUGCGAUUCUCGCGACAACAGGACCUCCGCUACCAUCGGCAUGCAAUUCUCAAAGCGACGACCCAGCACCCUCCCCGGAGGUCGAAGUUGUCCAUUCUGGACAUGUCCAGGAUUCUGGGCCAAGUCGCCGAAACUCGUCAGCAACAGCGGCCUCCGAGGCGCUUGAGCAGAUGAUGCUGUCCCAAACGAUGCACUUGAUGUCAAAAACUUCAUCGAGCAUGGUCCGGUCCAGCACAAGCCCGGAGCCGCUGCAUCAUCUCGCGCGGCGUGCCAGCUCCGGUUUUUAUGAAGGACUCUUGCCACUGCGAGGCACACCGACACAAUUUGGUCCAAACGCAGUUGGAGCCAAUCUACCGCGCGUGGCCACUGCGAUGGGCCUGUCUCUCAGCUCCUCGCCUUUGUCGCAUGCGUUUACAUCGAACCAAUCCAGCCACCCAUCACAUACCAUUCCUCCAAGUGCUUCAAGACCAUUUGCACUCGGAGCUGUGCCGCGUGCAAGUAACGGCAUCCACCCCGCUCAAGUUCCGGUCGCGUGGCGACAAUAUAGUGCGCAACCACGGGGCCCAAUUGAUACAAGCUCCAUGAUUGAGGGGCUCGCUUCCAAUAUGGCACACACAAGUCCAACCACGUAUACAUCAAGUCACAAGGGCAAUGCAUCGUACUGCGUCAACGACACUCCUGCCUCAUCCCUGGUGUAA